GCUCUUCAAUCACACUCACUCUGAGAGGGAAGGCAGAUAUGGCAAUGAUCACCACGACGGGCCGCCGGAAAAUGACUACCAUUCGCCGGAAUCCGGCGACUCUGCUGCUGCUCAUCGCCCUGGCGGUCCUCCACCCGGUCCCUUGUCGCACCGGAUCGAUCCCGGGGCCGAUAAAGACGGUGGUCGUGCUGGUGAUGGAGAACCGGUCCUUCGACCACAUGUUGGGUUGGAUGAAGCGCAUCAACCCGGAGAUCGACGGCGUCACCGGCGCUGAGUCGAACCGCCUGAAGGCCACGGACCCGAGCUCCCCUCGCUUCUUCUUCAACAACACGUCCCAGUACGUCGACGCCGACCCGGGCCACUCGUUCCAGGCAAUACGCGAGCAGAUUUUUGGUUCUGAGGAUGUAUCCGCCUUCCCGGCACCCAUGAACGGCUUCGUCCAGCAGGCCUAUUCCAUGACCAACUCCACCGCGAUGCCGACAGAGGUGAUGAACGGCUUCGAGCCCGAGUCGGUGCCCGUCUACCAGGCGCUCGUUUCUGAGUUCGCCGUGUUCGACCGGUGGUUCGCCUCCGUCCCGGCGUCGACGCAGCCGAACCGGCUGUACGUGCACUCGGCGACGUCGCACGGAGCGACGAGCAACAUUCCGGCGCUGCUGAUCGAGGGGUACCCGCAGCGGACCAUCUUCGACUGCCUGGACGAGGAGGGGCUGUCGUUCGGGAUAUACUACCAGAACAUUCCAGCGACAAUGUUCUACAAGAGCCUGAGGAAGCUGAGGUUCGCGACCAAGUUCCGGCCGUACGACCUGCGGUUCAAGGCGGACGCGAGGGCGGGGCGGCUGCCCAAUUACGUGGUGGUGGAGCAGCGGUACAUGGACUCGAAGGCUCUUCCGGCGAACGACGACCACCCGUCGCACGACGUGUACCAGGGGCAGUUGCUGGUGAAGGAGGUGUACGAGGCGCUCCGGUCCAGCCCGCAGUGGAACGAGACGCUGCUCCUCAUCACCUACGACGAGCACGGCGGCUUCUACGACCACGUACCCACCCCGGUACGCGACGUACCCAGCCCCGACGGCAUCGUCGGUCCCGAACCCUUCUUCUUCAAGUUCGACCGCCUUGGGGUCCGAGUCCCCACCAUCGCCAUCUCCCCUUGGAUCGAGAAAGCAACCGUUGUGCAUAGACCGGACGGGCCGUUCCCAUCUUCAGAAUUUGAGCAUUCAUCGGUUUCGGCCACUGUGAAGAAGCUCUUCAAUCUGAACUCUAAUUAUCUUACGAAGAGGGCCGCCUGGGCUGGAACCUUCGAGAAGAUCCUGCAGGCAAGAACAACUCCAAGAACUGAUUGCCCAGAGCAACUUCCUACUCCAAAGAGAAUGAGGAUGACUGAUGCAAAUGAGGAAGCGAACUUGAGCCAGUUUCAGGAUGAGCUCAUUCAGCUGGCCGCCGUCCUGGUCGGCGACCACGAGCUGGUCGGGUUCCCGGACAAGAUAGGGGAGAAGAUGACGGUGAGGCAAGGGAAGCAGUACGCAGAAGAUGCUGUGAAGCGAUUCCUAGAUGCAAGUUUAACAGCGAGGAAGAUGGGGGUUGGUGAUCACCAAAUUGUGAAAAUGAGGCCUUCCUUAACAACAAGGCCUACUCCAUCCACUUUCCCUUGAUGUUGGUUGCACUUACCAUCUAGUCGUCAUAGGCAUGGAAGAGAAAAAGGAAAAGAUUAAUUUGGUUGAUGAGGAAUAUAAUAUGUGUUUAGGUUUCAAUAACUACUUAGUUUAUGAGAGCAAUUAAAUCAAAUAAUGUGCGUGAUGAUGCAAUAAAUUCACCUGUACAGAGUUCUGCUGGAAGAUGAAAAGUUGCCACUUCCAUUUCAAGCUGCACAUGCGAUUUC